CAGAAACCCAUGGUAGAUGCUAGUAGAUUCGCCCGUUUACUUGGAAUAUCAGUUUCGUCAGCUGCCUGCCUGAUCUUACCGUCCACUGAAGUGAUGCAAUUAGCUAUAAAGUGCGCCAUGAAGUCAAGCAGAAGUGAAUUUUGUUUCCUCAUCAGAACAUCACUCAGAUACCUAGCGAACACAAACACUCAAACAACAACUAUCAAAGCAAAGCCUUCUAAUAAAUCUCUACGCUAUCUAACAAUCUCCGCCAUACACAAUUUACCAACUUGAACUAUAUUCUUCAACUUCAAGAUCAACCAAUAAACACAAUGGCUUUCUUCCCACGCACUUUCUGCCAGCCCUCUGAGCCCUCUCUCACUCCUCUCUUCCGCCUCCUCGAUGACUUCGACAGCUACAGCAGGCAGAAUGGCAGAAGCAGCAAUGUGCGCCGAACUGCUCCUCAGUGGCAGCCCAAGUUUGAUAUUCGCGAGACCACCCAUGCUUACGAGCUCUAUGGCGAACUCCCCGGCAUAAGCAAGGAGAAUGUCCACAUCGAAUUCGCUGAUCCUCAGACCUUGGUCGUCCGCGGCAAGACUGAGCGAUCAUACACCGCUGGCACAUCACCAUCAACCUCUGGUACAAGCACUCCAGCGACCGAGGCUGCCACUGAAAAGCAAGAACCUGUGCGCAGAAACUCCAACAGCUCUCACCAGGCUACUGUCGAAGACGAGGAUGAGGCUACCGAGCGCGAAUCGGGCUUUGAAGUCGUCACCACUGAGGAAGAGAAGAAAGUUGAGGAGAAGACUCCACAGAAGCCCGUCGACAAGGCCCGAUACUGGCUCGCCGAGCGCAGCAUUGGAGAAUUCUCUCGCAGCUUCCACUUCCCUACAUUCGUGGAUCAUGAGGCUGUGAGUGCCGGUUUCCAGGACGGCAUUCUGAACCACUUUACAAACACGGAAAGACAACCAUCAUCAUCCCACUAUGUGAUACUACGACUUAGCUCGGGAUUAGCUUAUAAUGUCUGCCUUUCUGCGAUUGCAUUAGCUGGAGUUGGAAUGGAUAUUUGGGAUUAAGGAAUCGUUUUCGUCUGGACUUUCUUUGGAAUUGGCUUGGCUUUUGAUAGCAUAUUAGAGCAAUACAUGCAAAUGCAAAUAAUACAUUCUUUUUUCAUAAAUGAGAAACUCUACUUCCCCUGUAUUACCAAUAUGAAAUGUGUAAUAAGUGAUGCCUGGUCUUUGGCGAACAAUCCGGUUUCAAUUAGAAAUCAAGUAGAG